AUGAACGGGAGCGUUACUGCCCUCCGCAUCGACGCUGUCGACGCCUUUGCCCGCACACUUUACCUGCGCACCAAGCAGGUGCCUUCGCCCACCUUUGACGAUGCCGCCGUCGCCGUCCGCCAGAUGCACAUUUCCCUCCGCCACCUGCGUACCGAAGCUGCCAAUCCCAAGUCUGCCCUCAACAAGCCCGAGUCUUCAUCUUGCGCCGUCUACGCCGCCGAGCUCGAGCCCAUAGUCGACCACUGCGAGUUUGCCCUCAGGCAGCUCGAAACGGUCCUCGAUCGCUUCGAUGCUGCUGACAACAAAGACGCACUGAACUCCCGCAUCGCCUCCAUCACAGCCAGAAUUGCCCAAAAGGAGAUGGAUGUUGCGUUUUUCCUGGAUACCGUCCAUGAACGUCCAAAGAGCAACACUGCUUCGCCAGAGCAUGACAUGUUCGCUGAGAUGAAGCACGAGAUUGAUAGCAUGGCUUCCAAAGUCUUCAGUCGCCACUCUGGCGUGCUUCCCAGUAACUCGGACGCCCUCUGGCGCGAGUUCAGGUCGGAGCUUGAGCGUCGUGGUUUCUCUGCUGAGCAAAUCGAUGCUCACAAGACUUCAGCUAAAGCAUAUAUCCAGCAACUCGGCUCGUCAUGGAACCGAAAGUGCGGUGAAAUGCCCACAUAUCAGAGCGUUGCCGAAUUUGAGGCCAAUACGGCGCCCCAAGUCCUACAUACCUCUCAGCCUCCCGUCGUGCCACCCAAGAUACCCAUCCUCCCGCCCAAGGACAACGCCCAGUCUAUUAGGAAGGCAAAGCCACUGCCCAACACCAAGGCCGACCGGAGACAUAGCGCCGACAACCCCUCGCCCACAGUUCUCCCAAUCCAGUACUCGUUCGAUGUCUCCGCAGCCAACAUGGACAAGAAAAAAGACGGCGACGACUUGUCCAUGGCGCUCGUUUCUACCAAGGAGCUAAUGGCCUUGGACAGCCUGAAUAAAGGCAUGCAUAGUAUGACACUGCACACAGGAUUGCACUCGCAGUCGGGCAAUCCAAGCAGUGACCCGUCCCGCUCGUCAGACUCCCAAACAAUAGCUGGGUCACCGCGAUACCACUCUAGCACUCCAGCAGAUGCCGGAAGCCACGCUCAUACAGGCACUAACCCCAGUCGUCCAUUGCGGCUGGCGCCAGACAGAUAUGGCAAGGAAAUUCCCCCCGACGCAGAAUGGACAAAGGUCCGCCGAGCCCUCCUCAGCUUAGAGGUCCUCGACCGUGCCGGUGUACGUUAUGAGGCGCGCCCGGAGUACGUUGCCAUCCUCGGUCGCCUCAGCCGCCACCAGAUUGCCAAAUUCGCCCGUCAGAGUGUCGAGUGUCGCGCCGCUCGCGCCGCUGUCCCGCCGCUGCCACCCCGACGCGCAGAUUACGAGACACAGCCUAAAUCGGGCAACAAAACGCACCACAGCGAUGACGAUGAAGUCUUCGAUUCGAGCGACUCGACAGACUACGAGGACGAUAGCUAUUAUGGAAAGGACGAUCGCAACUAUCCCACCAUUGUCAGCGCGCCCUCCAAGACCAACAAGACGUCGCCGUCAACAACGGUCAAGCCCAAGCCCAUCCUCAAGAACAAGAACAGACACCGCGUACACUUUGACCCGGAGCCGCACGAGGUCGAGCAUCCGAGCAGCGCGCCAAGUACAUACAACAACGACCGCCGUAGAGACUACUACCACGGAGAGGGUAGUUCGUCGUCCCGCCGAUACAGGGACCAUCACGAUCGUGACUACUAUGACCGCCCACACCGCAGCCACAGGGAACGUCGCGACAGGAGGAAAAAGUCGUGGGGCGAGACGCUCGGUGCGGUGGGCAUUGGCAGCGCCGCACUGCUGUUGGGCGGCGUCGGGGCUUUUUAA